UGUUUCCGUUCAAUAUUCUUUUACAUGCCAUUCGUCACGGAACAAAACCCUAUCAAAACCCUUAAAUAAAUUGCAAUCCCUUCCCCCAAAAUCGUCUUCAUUUGAAAUCCAAACUCUUCCCAAUUUUUUUCCAAUGGAGGAGGAUACUACCGAAACCCAAACCCAAUCCUUUCUCUAUGAAACUCUUAGCCCCCUAUAUCUGUCCACCGCCGAUAAAUCUCCUCCGUCCGAUCACAUCGAGUCCUAUACCGUAUUCCGUAACGAGAUAUCUCUCUCCACUCUCGAUUCAGAUUCCCAUGAGACUACCGCACCCGAUUUCUUCCACCUCGACGUCGGCGCCGCUAGCGAGGACUCCGAGCAUAUCUUUUCUACGCUGACGCCAGUGCCGAAAAUGCCAUCUCGCGAAGCCGGGACGCCGAUGCUUGAGAGUAGUUGGUUCCGUGGGAACUAUAGAUUUAAAAGCCCCAUGCUUCAGCUUCAUAAAGAGAUUGUGGAUUUUUGCGAUUUUCUAUCUCCAACUCUAGAAGAGCAAGCUGCUCGUGAUACAGCGGUAGAAUGUGUCUUUGAUGUUAUUAAGCAUAUAUGGCCCCACUCCAAGGUAGAAGUUUUUGGAUCAUUCAAGACAGGGCUCUAUCUUCCAACUAGUGAUAUUGAUGUCGUGAUUCUGGAUUCCGGUCUUGGAAACCCGCAAAAAGGUUUGCUGGCUCUUUCAAGGGCACUUUCACAGAGGGGAAUGGCAAAGAAUAUGCAGGUGAUUGGGAAGGCUCGUGUGCCAAUUGUCAAAUUUGUUGAAAAGAAAAGUGGUGUUGCAUUUGAUAUAAGUUUUGAUGUGUCUAAUGGACCCAAAGCAGCUGAGUUUAUUAAGGAUGCAGUCUCGAAGUGGCCUCCAUUAAGGCCGUUGUGUUUGAUCUUGAAAGUAUUUUUACAACAGAGGGAACUGAAUGAGGUAUAUUCUGGUGGAAUAAGUUCUUAUGCACUCCUUACCAUGGUCAUGGCAAUGUUGCAGAGUCUCCGUGAGUUCCAAGCACCUCCAGAACAUAACUUGGGAGUUCUGCUGGUACGCUUUUUUUAUUUCUAUGGAUGCCAAUUGAACACUACAGAUGUUGGUGUAUCUUGCAAAGGGGCUGGCACCUUUUUCUCAAAGAGAAUGAAAGGGUUUACAACUAAUGGACGGCCAUUUCUCAUCGCAAUUGAGGACCCACAGGCACCUGAGAAUGACAUUGGGAAGAAUUCCUUCAACUAUAUCCAGAUUAGAUCAGCUUUUGCAAUGGCUUUCUCAACAUUGACAAAUCCUAAGGUAAUCAUGGGCCUAGGCCGCAACAGAAGCAUUCUUGGUACCAUAAUUAGACCCGAUCCUGUCUUGAUGGAGCGCAAAGGAGGGUCUAACGGAGAGGUGACGUUUAACAGCCUGCUUCCUGGAGCUGGUGAGCCAUUACAGCAUCAGCAUGGAGAUCAGCAGGAGAUUUUAUGCAAUUGGCAGUUAGAAGAUGAAGAUCUGCUGCCACGUGAAAACGAUAUGGCUGGAGAAAGUGCACAAUCCUCGGGAAAGAAGAGAAAAGCUUCUUGGAAAAAGAAGUUUAAUAAGAAGGUGAAACAGAAUGCAGAGGUAGGGAAGGUCAUGCAGGAAGAAAACGGCUCAAGGGAGAGACGCGCAGAACAAAGACGUUGGAGGCAUAAUCGUGAUGCCAAUGGUUUUGGCCGUCAUACUGGUGGAUCUUCACGGAGUAGAUAGUGCCCUUUCACGCUUUUAUCCUUGAAAGGUCAUCCGGUGUCUGGUCCACUGCAAAUGGAUUCUCGAAUCUCUACUGCCGUUGAGAUGCUCUGUCAUUCAUGUAUGAUGAUCUGUGAUUUUCAGUUAGCUGACUUAUGCAAUGAUUGUAGAGAACAGAAUAUCACUUGGGUAGAACCCAAAAUGAUGAAAUUUAAGCCCUCGAUCGAAGGAUUAGAGUGAUCCCAUGGCUGUUAUACAAUUUUGAGCCUCCCCGGUUUCCUAAACAAACCAUGGUCAAUGCCAGCGGAUGUAACUCGAAAUGAGCAGUCACCAAGUGUAACAAUAACAUUUAUUGUAAUCUGCUCAGUUAUGGCC